AUGGUCGCCGACAGCCUGGCUGGCAGCAAGGUGUUGAAUCAGCUUGACGAACAGGAGCGGUACGUAUUGCAUCGCAUCGUCCGCGCCGAGGGUGACCCGGCCAUCGCGGAUGACGUGCGGUUUAGCGGCAACGCAGUAGCCAACGCGUUGGACUCCCUGCGGCAGGCCCGGCGGAUCGUAACCGAUGUGCGCAUGGUUCAGGUGGGCAUAUCCCGAGCCGGGUUGACUAGGGCCGGGGUCGAGACCGCCUGCCUCAUCGACGCUCCGGAGGUCGCCGCCCGCGCCCAACGGGAAGGCACCACCCGCAGCGUUGCCGCCGUGCGUGAACUGGCUCCAGUCAUCGACGGAUCGGUGGUAGCAAUCGGCAACGCUCCCACCGCACUGCUGGCCCUCCUGGACCUUAUCGAUGCCGAACAAGUCGUUCCCGCCGUGGUCGUGGGUAUGCCGGUCGGUUUCGUGGCCUGCCCGGAGUCGAAGCAGGAGCUGGCCGCCCGCAACGUCCCCCACAUUACAAUCCUCGGCCGGCGCGGCGGUAGUUCGGCGGCAGCGGCCACCAUCAACGCGUUGCUCGACCUGCUGGAGGGCCAAAACUGA